CGCCCCCGAACGUCCGGGACGGAGCACCGCGGACACCUGGAACGGAACGGAACGGAACGGAACCGAACCGAACCGAACCGAAGCGGAUCAUUUCGUCUCUCUCUCUCUUUCUUUGUUUGUUUGUUCGCGAGGAGACGGAAUGCCGUCGAUCAACAUGAAGCUGGAGAUGCGGAGCCUGGUCGCGUGCGAGGUGGACGCCGAGGUGUUUACUUCCCCCAAGAUGCAGGAACGCUUCGAGUCGCUCUUCAAGAUCUACGACGAACACGUCUCCUUCCAGAUGUUCCAGAGUUUCCGUCGGGUCCGAAUCAGCUUCAGCGCCGCCGAGGCCGCAGCCCGGGCCCAUGUGGAGCUGCACGAGUCCGAGUUCAACGGGGAGAAGCUCAAGCUGUACUUUGCGCAGGUACAGAACUCCGGGGAGGAUGUGGACAAGGCCUACCUGGCGCCCCCCCAGCCCACCAAGCAGUUCCUCAUCUCCCCCCCGGCGUCGCCACCCGUGGGCUGGAGCCAAAGCGAGGACCCGACGCCCGUCAUCAACUACGACCUGCUGUGUGCUGUGGCCAAACUGGGCCCCGGUGAGAAGUACGAGCUGCACGCGGGCACAGAGUCGACCCCCAGCGUGGUGGUUCACGUGUGCGAGAGCGAGGCGGAGGACGAGGACGAGGCGAGGUCCAAGCCCAAGAUGGUCCAGACCCGCCGGCCCGACGGACCCCCCGCCGUCUUCAACUAAGCGCCCCGGCGACGGCCCGGACCGGCCCGGACCGGCCCUCUCUCGCCGAGAAAGACGCCCUUCAUUUCAGAUUCCAAAAAGAAUAAAAGAGAGGGAUGGAAGUGCGGCCGGCGACCUUUGAGGAGCUCGCUGUUGGACGGGAGCCGCCGCUCGGGUGGUGUCCGCACGCAGCACGCAGCACACACACGCACCGCACCGCAUCGCACCGCAGGGAGCACCGGGGGCCAGCAGGGGGCGGCGCUCCCCGCUGAGAACGCAGCAGCCGUCCAUUCCAAUCAGCGCGCCUCCUCGACGCUUCCGCACGUCACCGCUCUCCUUUUUUGUGUUGUUACGACCACUGUUAUUGUUACUGUCUUUGUUAUUGAUGAUAUUGCGAUUGUUGUUGUUAUUCUUGUCGACUGUGUUCAGGUCACCGAGGCGACGCUUCCUCUGCUGGACGCUGGACUGAGUGACCUGCUGCUUUUUAUUUCUUCUCGUGUUCUGAUUGGCCUGCUUUGCUCUUUAACGUAUCGACUGACCCUACUGGGAACAGACAGACGUUUCGCAUCGUUAUGGCCGCACGCACGCACGCACGCACGCACGCACGCACGCACGGAGUGUAAAUAGCGUGGCUGCCCUGUGUCCAUGCUCUUCGCAGUGUGUUUUCCUGUGGACGUUCCGGCAUCUUUUCCGCUGAAGGACACGUGUUCGUUUGCUCUAUGAGAUGUUUGUUCUCCCCACGGACUCCCAGCACAGGAGCCCAUCCUUUUCUUUUAGACCGGUUCUGACGGGAAGCUUCCGGAAGUGUGGCGACCAGGUGAAGACAGAAGGGAAGCAGAUUCGGUGAAGAUUUGGUGAACGCGAGGACUUUGGAGUCUCUGGGACACAGGCUUUAUUGACCGUGGACCGCGGGGCCCCAGAACGGCGCUCCUCCUCCGUUCGGCCCACAAGCUGCGAGUCUUGCCGGCGCUCCUAGAGCCGGACUGUGGCUCCCAUUCUCUCCGUUGUCCACUCGGCGAGCAGCUUGAGGACACCGAUGACACACACACCCACACACACACACACGAUCCCAUCAGGGCACAGGCCACAACCUCCUGAGGCCUGCUGUCCACAGCAAUGGGCUGAAGUGAUGCGGCGAUGCUCUAGGCGACGUCAGGGGGAAGGGGGGGCCGUGGCGCUGACGGGAAUGCUUCGUACUGCUCUUGUUGUCCAUCCGUUCGUCCGCAGUGCGAUGGGAGCGCAGACACGCUCGCCCUUCUUACAGCUUCCCUUCGCUUCCUUAUUUUCGUUCUCGCGCCAGAGCGCCUGUGUAGCCCUGGGUCUCUUCAGCCGAGCGAGCAGCGUGAGCGUAAGGUGCGUGUUUCACGCUGCAGGGCAGGGGCUCUCGUGGCCUCGCGAGCGCUCGUGCGUACGGUGUGUCACGGAGUGCGUUGCCUCUCCGAGGGGCACUUUCACGGAGCCGGUGUACGCGGCGGUCGGAGCGCUCCUGCCACGACUCGAGGAACGAUGCUCGGAAGAUGCGUAUUUGGGCGGCGCUUUUCUGGCCUUCGUGGCCGUGCCGUGCCGUGCCGACACCGGGUGCGCUUUCCGUCGCCGAGCGGCGAGAAAGGCGUCCAUUUGUUGAUAUAUUGAUCAUAUUUAUGUAUAUAUGCCAAGUUUAGCGAAACGGAGGCCGGCGGCCGUGCAGCGUUUACCGCGGUCUUUUUUGCACCUGUGUCCAGUUAAGGUUCUUCAGUUUUUAAAUUCAUCACGGCUUUAAGUAACGUGAGAAAAAAAUGACUGCGGCCGCGUGCGUCGACGAACUGCGCUGGUGUCGUGUUGAAAGUGGACUCGGGAAGGAACCGUCGCGCUUGUGCUCCUUCGUUCAAAUAUCGGUUUUGUGUCUUUUACUGCAGUUGAAUGGAAAAAGUAGCAGCAAAGCAAUAAUUUUACAGUGAUGUGUGUGUUUCCUGCGUCACGUCUACUGACCCACACAACGGUUUUCUCUCGCGCCUCUUCCCGCUUGUACCUCUGCGCAACUGUCAGUGUCUCUUGUG